ACGAUUCGAAUAUAUGUUUUAUUUUAGGCGAAAUGAUUUUAGAAAUAAUCGCUGGAAUAAUUAUAAUUCUAUUCAUUUUCAACUUGCUUCAUACAAUCUAUAAAACAUUUCUCACAACUCCAACAGUUAAUGCGACGCCAAAAAUUCACAAGCGGGACUACCAAAAAGAUGUUGUAUAUCUCUAUCAGUUUCCUCGAAUCGAUACCGUACCAAACUUGUCAUCAUUUUGCUUGAAAACUGAAACAUUUUUGAGAGCAUUUAAGAUUCCACACGAGGUCAUUGAAACUGGAUCUUUGCGUUCUCGUAAUGGUACUUUGCCAUUUGUUGAGCUUAAUGGAGAGCACAUCCCUGAUUCUGAUCUUAUUGAAGUGAGACUCAGAAAACAUUUUCAAAUUCCGAAUCUCUCCGCUGAAGAUGAAUCUCAUGCCACUGCACUUUGUCGCCUGGCUGAUAAUCAUCUCUUGAGUAUUAUAAUUAAAUACAAAGCCGCAGAGGAUGCAUGGUAUAGUGCUCUAUUGAGAGGAGUUCCUGGUCCUAAUUGUCUAAAAACUAUUCUCAAACCAAUUGUUCGAAAGUUAUUUAUGAAGAAGGUCCAUGAAAGAACUGGAGGAGCCAUCGGAAACUUCACAGAAGAUGAAGCUGAAAUGUUAUGUCACAAAGAUUUGCAAGCUAUUCAGGAUAGUAUCAAGGGAAAGUACUUGUUUGGAGACAAAAUUACAUCGGCGGACUGCACAGUUUUUGGAGAAGUUGCUUCAGCCUAUUACCCGUUCCCCAAUAAAUUUUCACGUAUUAUCGAUAGUCAUUACCCAAAACUUCAUGAGUAUUGUGACCGGAUUAUUGAGGAACUGUACCCAAAUGAUUUUUCUAUUUGA